UUGUAGUUUAUUACCUGGAACACUAUCGCUGUCCUCAUGGUUGUGAGGAGAAUUGCAGCUAUUCCGUUUGGCCUCCUCUCUCAUAUUGGAACCGUGUGGGUUACGCUUUUGAUCCCCGAGGGAACUCGCGCUCUCACAUUCCUGGCAUUCCCGACCUCAGUCCCUCCGUCCCCAGUUACUUAUUAUCGCUCAGCUCUCGACAACCGGUUCAGUGUUGAGCAAGUUCUGACCAGAGUAAACCACAAACUCGCGGUGGAAGGAUGAUAACUGUUUAAGCGAAACAUUGUGCAUUACUUUUGACCUUAUUUUAAAGUUGAACGUUUAAAAAAAAACGUUUUUGCUGGGAUGACAGCGUGAACUGGUUCACAGCCAUCUAUAACAAUUCUGUCUCCACUUGAUCACUAGCUUCAAACACCAGAACCAUCAUGUCAUCCACAGAAGAGCCGUCUGGCACGGUCCUGCACCGCCUCAUCCAGGAACAACUACGCUACGGCAACCCCACAGACGCACGUACCCUCCUGGCCAUCCAGCAGCAGGCCCUGCGCGGAGGCAGCGGAGGGUCCCCUGGUGGAGGGCCUGGGAGUGGAGCAGGAGAGGGCCCCGGUGGAAGUCCUCGCUCCUCUCUGGAGAGCCUCACCCAGGAAGACUCCUCAUUCCUCCAACUGUCAGCCCGCCAGGAGCCCCAGGGCCAGGAACACCAGGGAGACUACCAGCACUCGGAGAGUAGCUACCAGCUUUACCAGCUCCACGGCGAGGAGCUGCCCACCUACGAGCAGGCCAAAGCCCACUCUCAGUACCUGGCUCAGCAUUGGGCACCCGCCACAGGCGCCCACAAGCAGCUGCGCGAACGGGACUACCGUGCGGCGGAUGAGGAGCUGAUUGAGUUGAAGCGAGGGCAUAUGCGAUCGCUGAGUGAGCAUCUCCUGCAGCUGUCUCUGGAGAGGAAUUGUGCCAUGGCGAAGUCUGAGGCGGUCAGGAGCUCCUCACAUAGCUACCCGGAGCUGGGUUACUGCGCCCCCCCACAAGGCCUCCAGGACAAAUGCAGCCCACACCCAGAGUACUCAUCUGUUCCCAUCAUGUCCCAAGGAUAUAUGCCCAUCCACGCCCAAGAGCCCCAGUGUGUGUACAGGGACAUUCCCCAGCCAAUCCAGACCGAGCAGCACAGGUAUGUGGCCCCAGUUCAGCAGCAAACGGAGACCUGCUACAGCAUGUUCACCAGUCGGCCCCCUGGUGUCGUGGAGGAGUCCAAGCAGAUGGAACUGCUGAUGCUGGAGAACGAGAGGCUGAGGCAGGAGCUGGAGGGCCACCGAGAGAAGGCCUGCCGCAUCCAGAAGUUGGAGCAGGAGAUCCAGAGGAUCUCGGAGGCCUAUGAGGCUCUGAUGCAGGGCAGCAGUAAGAGGGAGAGCCUGGAGCAGACCCUGAGGAGCAGACUGGUGGCCGAGAUCAGGAGGCUGCAGGACUUCAACGUGGACCUUAGAGAAAGCCUGGAAAGUGCCAGAACACAGGCCGCAAAAGAAGUGGAAGCUGCUGACCACAACCAGCACAUCAUGACCAAACUGCUCGAGCAAAGCGAGGAGCAGCAGUUUGAGCGUGAGCGUGCCGAGCGCGAACUCCAGAGGCUCCGCAACUUCGCAGAGGAGCAGGGCCUGAGGGCGGAGCAGCUCGAGGAGGCCCUAGAGGCCCAGCGGUGCAGGGGCCGGCAGCUGGAAGAAGAACUGCGGCGGAAGCGGGCCUACGUGGAGAAGGUGGAGCGGCUGCAGAGCGCCCUGGCUCAGCUGCAGGCCACCUGCGAGAAGCGCGAGGGCCUGGAGAUGAGGUUGAGGACACGCCUGGAGCAAGAGCUGAAGAGCCUGAGGGCGCAGCAGAGGCCGUCUCACCCGCCGGGCGUGACGGUGGGCUCGCUGCACGAGCGUCUGAGGGAAAGAGAGGAGCGUAUCCUAGCCCUGGAGGCGGACAUGAUGCGCUGGGAGCAGAAGUACUUGGAGGAGAGCACCAUGAGGCAGUUCGCCAUGGACGUGGCUGCCACUGCCGCCGCUCAAAGAGACACAACCAUCAUCAACCAUUCCCCCUGUCACUCUUCAAACAACAGCUUCAACGAGGACCUGCCUGUAUCUGACUACCGAAACCAGGAGAUGGAAAACCGGAUCCGUGCUCUCUACGCCCAUAUCCUGGAGAAAGAUGCUGUCAUUAAGGUACUCCACCAGCGUUUGCACCAGGACCAGGUCGAGAAGAGUGGGUUUUGUCUGCGCGCCGCCAUGUCCACUUCUUCAAUUAGCACGGCCAAGUACGCCAGCGUAAGCAAAGGUAAGAGUCUGUCAGACGACCAGACUCCUGUCUCUCCUCUCCGGUGCUCCUCCCCAGCUCACCCCAGCCAGAGCUGUGGAUCAGAGGAUGGAGCUAAGGUCAAGGAGCCAACCACUGGUUCUAAACUCAGCAUUGACAACGCUGCUGCUCAACAACUGAAGUCCUCCUCCUUGAACACAUUGAGAGGCCUGGAUGAUUUGGAGGCAGAGGCAGUGGAAAUCUUCAUUUGAGGAAGUCAGACUUUUGAUCUUCGACAAGCGAUUCACUCCGAGGGGGUGUGAGCUCUCGGGAAGCUGCGCAGAGUACCGACUACGUCAAUGGUCAGAGUUCUGAAGAUGUACAAAAGACAAGAAUGAUGCAGAAUGAGAGAGGAACGUAUGGAGAAAAAAAAAGGACUUGUGCUUUCACAUUUAGAGGGGAACUGUGCUAUUCCUCUAUCUCUUUCUCUCUUAGCCAGGCGACUGCAGGCUAGCCAUCUGGGUCUAUGAGACAAAAUGUGAAACAUUCUAGGUACUUGGACAGUAUUGCUGUUUGGUAAUGGGCAACAUACUACUGUCCUGUCAGUGUAUAUGCCAAUGUAUUUAUAUCUGCUGCUUUUCACAUAUUCACAAAACACCUUUCUCAUGUUCUGUCGUGUACAAUGAUCCAUGGAGUUCGGGAACUUCAUAUUCUCCUUUUAAUGAAUUAGAUCUGUUUUUUUUCUCAUUUCCAAACAUUAACGGAAAGCCUCACGCUUUUCCAGAUAACCUUGUCUGUAGAAUUUAUCUUUUUAUGGACUUUUAACCCCCGUUCCCUCCCUGUGCAGAAAUGUCGAGUGAAUCUGGCCACAUUCCUGUGCCAUGGAAUUCUUCAGAGUUGAGCAAAACUCCCUCAUCUCCAUAAUUUAAUAAAAAUGCCAACAACUCUUAACGUUCAUAUUUUCACCAGCCAUAUUCCCUAAGCCUCAGUAGCCGGUUCUACAGGUUUAGAAAUAUAACUUGUGAUGGUCUGUUUUUUUUUUUUCUUCUUUAGAUUUCUAAAUAUGAUAUUUUGCUUUUCACCAAGUUCUUUUAUUGUUAUUUUCCAAAUGUUUCUUUGUGUGUAUUUUCUGAUGUGGUGAAUCCGCUGGUCAGAUUCAUCAUAGGGAUUUAAGCUGUAAACUACACCAUUUGGUAUUAGUUUACCGUGAGCCUUUUUCUGAACUAACAGGUUAAUAUAUUUUAUACAGAUGUUUGUAUAAUUAUUUUAGAUAUGUAGUGCUAUGAACAGGAUGCCAAAGAGGUUUGUGUGUUGUAAGUUAUGUGCUGACAAUCAUGGUUAUGUCCAGCUGUCCAACAACAGACAAAGCGUUGACCUCCAGCAAAUACAUUUCUGUGAACUCCUAACAAUAUGAAGGUUGUGAAUUUGAAUUCAAACAACAUUUCAUAAAGCAAUAAAAUAUUCUAAUAUAUAA